AUGUACGCUUAUCACUUAAUAGGUAUAGAAGAAAAUAUUGUUGUGGAGACAAGUGAAAAUAUAGUCAGAGAAGAGAGUGAAAAUGCUGAAAUUUUGGUGGUGGCAAUACCACAAAUGCCAGGUGAAGAAUACGACCGUUGCUUUGUGUGUCUUAGUGGUAGGAAUGAAGACAUUGGAUCGGUCAACAUUCUUUUGCCAUGCGGCCAUGGAUGGUGUUGUGAUAAUUGUGGUCAACAACAAACCAACUGUGGAAUUUGCAAGACACCAAUAGACGACACCUUCAGUAUAUACAUAAUGAUAGGAAAUGGCCAAUGGAUGAAUAAUUUGAACAGUUUAUUGGACCCAACAGGCAGCAACUGCCUUUGUUGUUUGAGGGCCUUUAGAGAUGUACCCAAUGGCAUACGGUAUGUGUACCAAAGUUGUGGCCAUGGUUGGAGAUGUGAAGAUUGUGCUUUCCUUCGUCCAGACAACUGUGAAGUUUGUGAUGACACCGUUGAUGAUGUCAUCCAAAUAUUUAUUUGUUAA